GGACAUUGUCAAAGUCUCUAAAAAGAGCGGAUUACAGUGUCACACAGACCAGCAUCUCCAUGACCAGCACACCCGAAUACUUGAAGGAGGCCUUAGGAAUGAAAAAGCCAAAAUAUUCCCUCUCUUCAUCCAACGGUUAUGUUCCAGGGACCCCAGACUACAAAGAGAAGGAGGAAAUGUAUGAUGAAAUAAUUGAUCUAAAAAAGACCAUCCGAUCCCAAAAGACUGAAUCGGACAAGAUGAAAGCCAAGCUACGGCGUCUUGAAGAAGAAAACGCUAAGAAAGACAGACAAAUCGAGCAGCUGUUGGAUCCAACGAAGGUGAUGAGCAAGUCACCUUUUUGUGUAAAUGAGUAGCUGAGUGUGAAUGCGGCCUGU